AUGAUACUUCUGGUUUUGGAGGCUGAGGCCAACAAAAGAGCAACACAAGUUGCUGAGUAUAAAUCAGGCAACACACAACCGUCAAUAGAAAAAGAUGGACGAUCUCUAAGUAAUUCACAACAGUAUGGAUCGAAAAGAAAACCUCCACACAGAUCGAUUCAGAGACGACCGCGAAUUCGGAGACCAAUUCCCAAGCCUUCACUGCAAAAAUUAAUCCGUAAAUUUAAAAUCCGAAAACCAUUCAAUAGACGUCGUCAAAUGAAAAAACCAUAUGGAUCAAACAACAGACGAAAACCUCUAUACAAACCAUUCCCGACUCCGCGAAGAAGGCGACCAUCGCGACUACCAAAUCCACGUCAGAAUGAAUUAUUGACCAGGCCGGCCACACAGAACUGUAAAUGUCUUCAAUGUAAACCAAUCUACAGAAAAAUUCAAUACCACCGUCAGCGAUCUGUCGAUGAGUCUUUGGAAAGUAGAGAAUCAAAUAGAAAUAGGACCAUUAGGAGCGCCCACGCGAUGCACAAUAGACCUUUACGUUCUGAACAGGUCAGCAAAGUUUCGUUGGAGAAAGUCCAAAUCAGAGCCGAUUCAAAAGCAGACAAAUGUGAAUUCCAGAAGAAGAUCACUUGUGAUGAGAACAGCAAAUAUAGAACAAUCGAUGGCAGCUGUAACAAUUUGGCUAAUCCGUACUGGGGAAAGGCGGGAACUCCUCUGGUCCGCUUUGUCUGCUCAGCUUACGACGAUGGUGUUGGUGCACCUAGGCAAAGAGGAAUAUAUGGUUCCCUACCGGAACCCAGAAAGGUAAGACUUGCGAUCCAUGAAAGGAGCGACAAGAGCAAUGAAGAGAGAAAGUACACCCAUUUCCUGAUGGGAUAUGGUCAGUUGUUGAGCCACGAUAUUCUGGACAAUGUUGUAUCGAGGAAACCUGACGGAGGCAGAUUUGACUGCUGUGAAGACGAUAAAACAGACAUAAAUUGCAUUAUGCCGCUUAAAAUCAGAACAGACGACCCCUUCUUUGGUCGCUUUGGUCGAACCUGUCUGAACUUUGCUCGAUCGAAGUCUUCACCAGAUUUAGCUUGUAAUGCCAAGAUUCGUCAGACCAUUAACGGGUUCACAACUUACAUCGACGCUUCUACAUUCUAUGGAUCGGACUCUGAAUCUUGCGCUGCCGUCCGAGAGUUUAAAGGCGGACGCCUGAAAACCCAGAAUCAUCCUGAUGGAGAAGGAGAUCUGAUGCCAGCAGGAAGUCGUGGAUGUCGUGUUACUAAUCCAGAAUUGAAAUGCUUCCUGUCAGGUGAUCGGAGAGUGAACCAACAGGCCACACUAAGUGGUCAGCACACUGUGUGGCUCAGGGAACAUAAUAGAAUAGCUAAAAAGCUGGAAGAGUUAUUUGGCAGAACCUGGGACGACGAAAAAAUAUUCCAAGAAGCUAGACGAAUAGUUGUUGCCAUAUUUCAACAUAUAACCUAUAACGAAUAUCUACCAGCAAUCCUAGGCAAGAAAAUUAUGAAACUGUUUGACCUGAAACCUAAAGACAAGGGUGAAUGUUCCGAUGAUUACGACCCAUGUGUCGAUCCCUGCAUGCGCCACGGCUUCAUGGCGGCCGCUUUCAGGUUUGGACACAGCAUGAUCAAUGAUCACGUUGGAUUUAAGUCGACCAGUGGGAAAUACAGCCGUCGUCCAUUUAAGGAACUUUUCUUAAAGUCCGACCCUUUGUACCAAUCAGAAGGAUUAGAACAAGUUAUGCGAGGACUUUAUAUAGAGCAUUCUCAGAGCGUGGAUAGGUUAAAAUCAGAUCAAAUUACCAAUCACCUCUUUGAGAGAGACGCGGGUACCGGGGGGGACCUCAUAGCUACCAACAUCAACCGAGGACGAGACCACGGUUUGCCGAAUUACAUGGAGUUCAGAAAAAUGUGCGGACUUUCAACGACUAGAACAUUUUCUGGACUGAGAGAUCAUAGCCGCAAAACUAGGCGACUUCUCCGUCAAGUCUACGCGAAUGUUUUUGACAUGGAUCUGUUUACUGCCGGGGUGGCGGAGGAACCUCUGGAAGGGGCUGUGGUGGGCCCCACUUUUGCAUGCAUAAUUGGUCUGCAGUUCAAAGCACUGAAGUUUGGAGACAGGUUUUAUUAUGAGAAUGAUGAUAGUAUCACGGGCUUCACCUUAGCACAACUGGAUGAUAUCAAGAAAAAUACCAUGGCUCAGGUUAUUUGCAGAAACACAAACAUUGGAAAGAUCCAGACGGACGUCUUCAGACAUGGUUUACCGGAAGUGGACUGUUCGGACAUUGAAGAAGAAAUGGACUUUUCAUUGUGGAGAGACGUCCUUAGUGACGGUUAACCAGGCAUCGGUGACAAGGCUUAUAAACAAUAACUGAAUUCCAAGAGACACAAUUAGUUUUAACUACUCACUUAGCUUGCUAGGUGUAUUUCGGGUAUUAUCCAUUCUUUCGUCAAAAUCUGGUUUCAUACACAGAGAUAGUAUUAAAGUGAGUCUAAUUAUUAUAGAUAUAUGAUUGCGUCCAUGAUAAAAGGGUGCUUCUGACAAUUUUCACAGAACAGAGAAAUAACGUCAUAAAGUUGUGACGUUCACAUCGCUUGUUUCCACUCUUUCCAUGGGGGUGUUUACAACUAGUUAUUAACACAUGUGAAAUAUUCUUUGAAUAUAAAAUGUAUUUGUAAUAUUGA